AUGUUCAAUACGAAGAAAAGAUGUGAAGAAGAAGUCGUUAUGUUGAAAGAUGAAAUGAACAACUGCAUUAACUUCUCCUCGCAAUACCUACAUCAACUUGACAGUUGGUAUAAGGCGUUAAAGACAGACGAGCUUUCUUAUGGCAAUCGUGGCAUUAUAGCUGUACUGUCUUCAAGAACACGUUUACUUUCUCUGUUCAUUUGUGUGCUCAAACAGCAAUUUAACAUUGAUGUUACCGACACUGAGAGUGCAAAUGAUCUUGACGAGGACAUUACCGAAGAAGCAAUUGCGAAGUAUUAUAGCAUGCUUAACAUGGAGAGCAUGGAAAGUGACAAUGACGACUUCGGUGAUGAUGAUGACGACGAUGAUAUCGACAAUAGCGAAGAUUAA